CUGCUCGUCUCUCUCCACUGCAGCACGGCAUAUACUAUCCCCAAGCGUCGACCGAAAACGAAACUUGAACUGCAAUCUGUCGGCACCAACAACCGCAUUAUAUCCGCCACCGACCUCUCCCCAGAAGCCGAAGGAGGUCGGAGAUCCAGAGAGGCGACGCCGACGCCGACGCUGACGCUGCUCCCUACCUGCAUCUCGGCUCACUUCUGAUCGACCGGCCACUGUCUCCGGUGCCGAUCCCGCAUCUCCGCUUCGAGUUCCGUUCUAGCCCCCACCUGUUACCAAAUCGGCCGGACUGAGUCGGAUCUGAAUUGGACGACCGGCAAUGCUGGUCCAAGACAGGGCAACCCCCAAAUCUUCCAAGCCCUCCUCGCCCCCUCUCAUCCUCCCCUCUUCCCACCAUGGCGACCACCGCCGCUUCGCCCCAGCCAAGAGCCUCGACUUCUCCACCUGGGCUUUCGACAACCUCUACAAGAUCCUGGCCGUGUGCUUCCUCGCCGCCACCGUCGCGGCUCUUUUCUUCCUUCGGAGCGCCGGUGACACCGCUGCCCUACUCUGCUUCGAUAAGACCCGUUCCGCUUCCUCCUCCUCCUCCGGGGGCGGCAUCCCCUACCCCCGGAUCUCGUGGAAUUCCGUCCCCCCCAUCAAGCCCCUCGAUCCCUCCGCCUCGCCGUACGCCUCCUUCCGCUCCGACCGUUGGAUCGUCGUUUCCGUCUCCACCUACCCUACCGACUCUCUCCGUGCUCUGGCUAGGACCAAGGGCUGGCAGCUCCUCGCCGUGGGCAACUCCGCCACGCCCUCCGACUGGUCCCUCAAAGGCGCCAUCUUCCUCUCCCUGGACCAGCAGGCUCGGCUUGGCUUCCGGACCGUCGACUACCUUCCUUACAACUCUUAUGUCCGCAAAUCUAUCGGUUACCUGUAUGCCAUCCAACAUGGUGCCAAAGUCAUCUUCGACGCGGACGACCGUGCCGAGGUCGUGGGUGGCGACCUCGGCAAGCACUUCGAUCUGGACCUUGUGGGAGAGGCUGCCGCCCCCAAGCACCCUAUCCUCCUUCAGUACAGUCAUGCCGAUCCUAACCGCACGGUCGUGAACCCUUACGUCCACUUCGGGCAGCGAUCCGUGUGGCCGAGGGGGCUGCCGCUGGAAAAUGUCGGGGAGGUUGAGCGCGAGGCGUUCUACACCGAGGUUUACAGUGGCCGGCAGUUCAUCCAACAGGGCCUUUCCAAUGGUCUCCCUGAUGUGGAUUCCGUUUUCUACUUCACACGCAAGUCCUCAGGUCUGGAGUCGUUCGACAUACGUUUCGAUGACGACGCCCCCAAGGUUGCCCUGCCACAGGGCAUGAUGGUGCCUGUCAACUCCUUCAACACCAUCUUCCAUGCGCAAGCAUUCUGGGGACUUAUGCUUCCGGUCUCUAUAAGCUCAAUGGCUUCUGAUGUGCUCAGGGGCUACUGGGCACAGAGAAUCCUGUGGGAGAUUGGUGGAUUUGCGGCUGUCUACCCGCCGACCAUCCAAAGGGUGGACAAGGCACGGUUGUACCCUUUCUCCGAGGAGAAGGACCUCCAUGUGAACGUUGGGCGUCUCAUUAAGUUUUUGGUAUCCUGGAGGUCAAAGAAACAGACACUGUUCGAGAAGAUCUUGCAUCUGAGUUAUGCGAUGGCAGAGGAAGGGUUUUGGACAGAGCAGGACUUACAGUUCACAGUUGCCUGGCUGCAAGACUUGCUUGCCAUUGGAUACCAGCAGCCGAGGCUGAUGUCCUUGGAGUUGGACCGACCAAGAGCAAAAAUUGGGCAUGGAGAUACACAGGAAUUUAUUCCCAAGAAGCUACCAUCAGUGCACCUUGGGGUGGAGGAGGUUGGGACUGUAACUUUUGAGAUUGGGAAUCUCAUGAGGUGGAGAAAGUACUUUGGAAAUGUCGUUCUUAUCAUGUAUUGCAGUGGCCCUGUGGAUCGUACAGCUCUAGAGUGGAGAUUGCUCUAUGGUAGGAUAUUUAAAACAGUUAUCAUUCUAUCAGAACAGAGAAACCCAGAUCUCACAGUAGAAUACGGCCAAUUAGCUGAAGCAUACAAGUACUUGCCCAAGGUGUUUAACAAAUUUCAAGGUGCAGAAGGAUUUCUGUUUCUCCAAGAUGAUAUGAUUCUUAACUAUUGGAACCUACUUCAAGCUGACAAGGAAAAGCUGUGGAUAACGAAUAAGGUCCCUGAAUCAUGGGUUUCAGUUUCCACCGAGGGAAAGACUUCAGAUUGGCAUGUAAAUCAAGGAACUUUAGUUAACCAAAUUGUAGACAAAUUCCCAGUUCAUUUUCAGACCAGUUACAAACAGAGUACGACGGAAGGCAGGCUCAUCAUCUGUGGCAGCGAGAUAUUCUAUGUUCCUCAGAGAUUUGUUGGCGAUUUCAUUGACCUCGUAGAAAUCAUAGGGGAUCAACGCAUUCAUCACAAAGUUGCGGUGCCAAUGAUUUUUCUGUCUAUGGAUGCACCGGAGAAUUUUGAUUCAAGUGCUCUUGCGACGGUGGUGUACAAAGCAGGCCUGUCGGCUAAUGAUUCUUUCGCAAGUUACUAUACCGCCAAUGUACCUGCCAUUUAUCCACUCAAGGUGCAUCAUGAGUAUGAUUUUGUGAAACUAAUAAGAGUUAUGGCUUCAGGUGACCCUCUUCUGCAGGAACUGGUAUGAUUUCUAGAUGAUGUAUAUUGAUAUUAGACCAAAUCUACUUGAGUUUGCAUGUUUCAUCAGGUUCUCCACCUUCUGUAAUCAUCUUUCUUUCUGCAUGUUGUAAUAUUUUAAUUUGCAAACAACAUAGUCCUGCUCAUUUCUUGAUUCUGUAAUUGUUAAUCCAACAAGAUAGAGGAUGUUUUUGAGGUAAUUGAGGUCCCAUAUAUUCUGAUUUA